AUGGCCUCCCUAUUCUGUUGUGGCUCCAUCAAGCCCUACCGUCCCCAGGCGCUCUCCCACGAGUCCAAGUUCAUCCAAUUCAUGAGAUGGGCGAACUCCACCACGGGCACCACUUCGUCCGCAGGCAGUGUGGACCUCGUUGAAACGGCGCCCGAUUUCGUCGUCCAGCUCGUCCGUCAGGUCAACUUCGGUCCGCUGGAGAGCAAGCGGUACUUCGCCCCCACCGAGGGCGACAAGUUCGUCGAAGUGUCGGAGAACGACCUCGUCCAGGCCAACUUCCAGAAGUUGAACUCUUAUAAGAAUUACAAAUGUGACGACCACAACAAGUUCUUCGAGCUUAACUUGUACCAGAAAGACCCUGUCAACAAGCAUCAUUGGCGAGCGAAUCUUGCUCGGCCAGCCAGCGAUAUUGACCUGUGA